AACAGAAGAAAGUAGUAGAUUAGCACUUGUCUUCUGAAGCUCACCUGGAGACUUAAAGGCAUUAUUUAUGCAAAUAUGCAGAGACAAACCCUGGAAACAAACAAAUGUUAGCAUGAAAAUGAAGCCCUUUUUGACUGAGCUCUGAAAUUCAGAAUGCAAUCUUGCUUCCCCUUGCCCCCAGACUCCCAAUCUGGAUUUGAUCUAGGACCCAAGAAUGUAUAAGCACAGUAGACCUCCACUGCCUAGCUGACAAAGGCAGUGCUUAGUGCAGCUGCAUUUAUUUCCUGCAAAUCAGCAUAGUCAGAUAACAACGAAAAAGUAGCAAAAGAAUUGGCUAAGGAAUAUCCUGAGACACUGAGGUUGCUUUUCAACAAAACCUGGCACAAGUUAAGGCUGCUCCAAGGUCUGAGAUAGAGUAAAGAUUGUGCCAGAAUUGCAAAUGGGUAGAGGGUAAUAUGCGAACUUAAAGCUUUUUAGAAAAAUGUCAGUGCUUUGCCACAGCAUAGAAGAGUGGAUCUGGCAAGACUUAGGAUGCAGUCCUUGAUGUAAAGCCUCUGAUAAAUGCAUAUAAAGGCUGUGGAGAGCAGUACCCAGGACCAAAGAUGUAGACCUGGUUUAGGUAUCUGAGAGGAUCUUUCUGAAUAAGCAGUGAGCUUAGGAAUCUGCUUCCAGGCUUGACUACUGAUGUUAGCCUAGAUUUCCUUUAUAUCCAUAAAGAGAAAUAGACCAUUCUGUAUCUCAAGUCCUUCUCCUUCAUUAGAGGAUGAAUGUUGACUCAAAAUUUCCUUUCCUCUGAUUUGUAAAGAAGUGCAGUUGUUUGGUACAGACAACACUGCAACUGUCAGCAGCUGGAUAGAUGAAUCCUACUCUAUGCAGCCUAGGCAGCUGCUUCAAUGUAAGUACCCAGAACCACUUGAGUUGCCCUAGUUUAUCUCUCUUGGACUCAAGCUACUGCACUGGACAGUGUAAAGUCUACAAAUGGCACCAGAAGACUACAUUCAGACAAAUUAGCUGUGCUCCACAUGGCCCUAGACCAGUAAGCUCUGGAUAGCAGAAGGUCUGACAAGCAUUUUUGGAUGAGGACAUGGAAAUACUUACUGCCUGACCCUACUUUGUCCCCAGAGAAGUGACCUGAGUGUUUCCUUCAAUAAUUUACACAACUGAGGGACAGUGACAGACUCAGGAGAAACAUUCAUUGUCUUGUUCAUGGGGCAAGGAGGUAUGAUAUAGGACCCAAGAUGCUGCAGUAGCUCAUACUGGAUGAAGACACUAGCUCUCAGACCUUCAUCUUCUUGGGGAGUAUAAUCUGAGGUUUUUCUCUGGACUUCCUGCCAGUGUGCAUGGUAUAACCUAGGGUUUCCAUGGUGUAGGGCUGUCACACACCAUGUCAGAGAGUGUGUUGGAAAUGAUAGGCUUUCACUCAAGGUUUUGAAUAUCUGGCAUUCUUCUGGGAGGGAUGCAUGAAAGAAUCUGGUAAUAAGGACAGCUCUGGGCAAUGAAGAAGAGGAGCUAGCAGCUGCUCAUAGGGAUGUGGAGAUGCAUUAGAGCUCCUAACACCAUCUGUGCAAUAAAUUUGCUCCACUAAUGAGGCUGUGAACUGUUCUCAUAAUGUUCCUGGUGAAAAUGCCAGUGAUUUCAGCAAUCAUUCUUCAGCCAAAUCCAAAAUGGCAUUUUCUGUGCAAGAGUAAGUGGUUACAUUCUCAGCCAUCAGCCAAGAUAUGGCUCAUGACAAUUUUCCUGACUAUUUUUCACCUUGGAUGGUUUUGUGAUUCAGGUGUUGCCAACUCAGCUCCAAUCAGACUAGUGAAUGGCUCCAAUCGCUGUGCGGGGCGACUCGAGGUGCUUUGGAAACAGCAGUGGGGAACCGUGUGUGAUGACAGCUGGGAUCUAUCCGAUGCCAUGGUUGUAUGCAAGCAGCUAGGCUGUGGGGAAGCACUGUCAGCCCCUGGCUCAGCUUAUUUUGGUCAAGGAAUUGAUCAUAUCUGGCUGGAUGACAUGAACUGCACAGGGACAGAAGUUGACCUCUCCGCAUGCAGGACCAGACCUUGGGGAGAGCAUAACUGCAAUCAUGGAGAGGAUGCAGGCGUUGUGUGCUCAGGUAACUUGCAGCUGCCUCACUUCCCAUCAGCUCAACUCCGAUUAGUGAAUGGUCCAAGUCGCUGCGCUGGGAGAGUGGAAGUGCUUUACGACCAGCAAUGGGGAACUGUAUGUGAUGACAACUGGGAUAUAAUCAACGCUGAAGUUGUAUGCCGACAGUUGAGCUGUGGGACAGCUCUAUCAGCUCCUUCCUCAGCUUAUUUUGGGCAAGGAUCUGACCCCAUUUGGCUUGAUGAUGUGAACUGCAGAGGGACUGAAGCUGCCCUCUCCGAAUGCAGUGCAAGGCCUUGGGGAGCCCAUAACUGUAGGCAUGGAGAAGACGCUGGUGUUGUGUGCUCAGGCUUUGCACAACCUGCUCCGCUCCGACUAGUGGAUGGCUUGACCCGCUGCUCUGGGAGAGUUGAGGUGUUUUAUGGUCAGCGCUGGGGAACUGUAUGUGAUGAUGGCUGGGACAUGGCUGAGGCAGAAGUGGUGUGCAGGCAACUGGGCUGUGGGAAAGCCUUGUCAGCCCCAGGUAGAGCUCAUUUUGGGCAAGGAUCUAACCCCAUCUGGCUGGAUGAUGUCCAAUGCACAGGGACAGAAGCUGCUCUGUCCAAAUGCAGAGCCACUCCUUGGGGAAGUCAUAACUGCAAUCAUGGAGAAGACGCAGGUGUUGUGUGUGCAGGAUUUGCUGAGCUGCUUCCAGUCCGAAUGGUGAAUGGUUCAAAUUCUUGCUCUGGGAGAGUCGAGGUGUUUCAUGAUCAGCAGUGGGGAACCAUCUGUGAUGACAGCUGGGAUUUAAUAGAUGCUCAAGUGGUGUGUCAGCAGCUGGGCUGUGGCACAGCAGUCUCAGCCCCUGGCUCUGCUCGAUUUGGACAAGGGACUGGGCAGAUUUGGCUGGAUGAUGUGAACUGUGCAGGGGCUGAAACUGCCCUCUCUGAUUGCCGGGCACGGCCUUGGGGAGACCACAACUGUAACCAUGGAGAAGAUGCUGGUGUGGAGUGCUCAGGCAUUGCAAAACCAGCUCCUGUCCGGCUUGUGAAUGGCCCAAGUCACUGCGCUGGGAGAGUCGAGGUGUUUCGGGAUCAGCAGUGGGGAACUGUGUGUGAUGAUGGCUGGGAUCUAGCUGAAGCCAGCGUUGUGUGCAGGCAGCUGGGCUGUGGGAAGGCACAGUCAGCCCCUGGCUCAGCUCAUUUUGGACAAGGCCCUGACCCCAUCUGGCUGGAUGACGUGGAUUGUUUGGGGAGCGAAGCUGCCCUCUCAGAGUGUAGGGCCCGGUCUUGGGGAUCCCAUAACUGCAAUCAUGGAGAAGACGCUGGUGUGGUGUGCUCAGAUAUACCAAGAGUAGCUCCACUCCGGUUAAUGAAUGGGCCAAAUCGUUGCAGCGGGAGAGUUGAAGUCUUUUACGGCCAGCAGUGGGGAACCAUAUGUGAUGAUGGCUGGGAUAUAGCUGAUGCUGAAGUUGUUUGCCAACAGCUGGGCUGUGGAAAAGCAUUAUCCACUCAAGACACUGCUUAUUUUGGAGAAGGAUCUGACCCUAUCUGGCUGGAUGAUGUGAACUGCACAGGGACUGAAACAGUCCUUUCCAAAUGCCAGACCAAUCUAUGGGGUACCCAUAAUUGUAGGCAUGGAGAAGAUGCUGGUGUUGUGUGCUUGGGUGUUCCAGAACCAUCCCCAGUCCGAAUGGUGAAUGGUUCAAAUUCUUGCUCUGGGAGAGUCGAGGUGUUUCAUGAUCAGCAGUGGGGAACCAUCUGUGAUGACAGCUGGGAUUUAGCAGAUGCAGAUGCUGUCUGCAGGCAGCUGGGCUGUGGCACAGCAGUCUCAGCCCCUGGCUCUGCUCGAUUUGGACAAGGGACUGGGCAGAUUUGGCUGGAUGAUGUGAACUGUGCAGGGGCUGAAACUGCCCUCUCUGAUUGCCGGGCACGGCCUUGGGGAGACCACAACUGCAACCAUGGAGAAGAUGCUGGUGUGGAGUGCUCAGGCAUUGCAAAACCAGCUCCUGUCCGGCUUGUGAAUGGCCCAAGUCACUGCACUGGGAGAGUCGAGGUGUUUCGGGAUCAGCAGUGGGGAACUGUGUGUGAUGAUGGCUGGGAUCUAGCUGAAGCCAGCGUUGUGUGCAGGCAGCUGGGCUGUGGGAAGGCACAGUCAGCCCCUGGCUCAGCUCAUUUUGGACAAGGCCCUGACCCCAUCUGGCUGGAUGACGUGGAUUGUUUGGGGAGCGAAGCUGCCCUCUCAGAGUGUAGGGCCCGGUCUUGGGGAUCCCAUAACUGCAAUCAUGGAGAAGACGCUGGUGUGGUGUGCUCAGGCACUCCAGAACUAGCUCCACUCCGGCUGGUGAAUGGCCCAACUCGCUGUGCUGGGAGAGUUGAGGUGCUUCAUGGCCAGCAGUGGGGAACAGUAUGCGAUGACAGCUGGGAUCUGAGUGACGCUGCAGUGGUGUGCAGGCAGCUGGGCUGUGGGAUGGCCAUAUCAGCUCCAGGCUCAGCUUAUUUUGGGCGAGGUUUUGGCCGUAUCUGGCUGGACGAUGUGAAAUGCUCCAGUAGAGAAUCUGCCCUCUCCGAGUGUGCAGCAAGGCUUUGGGGAGUCCAUAACUGCAACCAUGGAGAAGAUGCAGGUGUUGUGUGCUCAGGUAACCUUCAUCCGUAUCCCAUCUUACUAGGCGUUAGUAGAUACUAAAUUUCUAGGAUAAAUGUUGGGGCUGAUGGCUCUUCAUCCUUUCUUGGUCUAACCUCCAUGUCUCAGACUAGUACUAGUGCGUGAUGAUGAUGAAGGUGUGGAGCUGGAGCUUGGGGUUUAGAGGGAUGAUCCCCAUCUCUCCACAUGGCAGUUCAUUUUUCCUAUCUGUAUUCUUUUUAAUAUCAUGGGAAUAUUAUAUUCAUACUACUAACUUUCAAUUAACUACCUGUCAGUGGCUUUGCAGGAUAGAAGAGACUACUUUUACAGGUCUGGGUUGCCUACAUUUCCUUCCAGGCGGCAUCUAAACCUCACAGAUAUUCCAGAGUGGAGAAGAGAGAUGUAAUUGCCAGCCAGUAUGUGUAUAACCUUCAUUCAGCCCAAAGAAAAGCAAUUUUUGAAGUUCAGAGAACAUACAGCAUAGAAGCAAAUAACUGAGGCCUAGAUCCAUCACACUCAACUGCAGCCACCUAACUGAUGUGUCUCAAUUAGAAGCAUGUUUCCCUGGAAGCCCACCCAAUCAAUGAAGAGAGAUAGGCGCUUGCACAGGGCAAGUCAGCCCAAUCGUCUUCCGAAUCACCUCAGAGUUGACUCUCUCACUCACCUCACCAUAGAGGGAAACUAGAGUGGCACUGUGUCUAAUUCAACUAUUUCUGUGGAUGCCUGCAGUGGGGUGGACAUGGUCCCACUGACCCUGGUUCAUGUUGCAUGACAGGCUUCCAGGCAUCUUCUCUCAAGGUUAGAGGGAACAUUUUGGGAACACUACCAGGCACUUGAAGUCAACUUGAAUCUCUGUGACUUCUCACAUUAGCAGGCCUUUCCUGCUCAUUAGUUAAGUGGUCUCAAUGCUAGUUCAUCAUUUCCUGGUGAUAUUAUCCUUAGUCCAUAAAAGUUGUCUUGUGCUGAUUGUAAGGAUGCGUUAAAUAAGCACCUGGUUUUUGUUGUUGUAUUGACUCAGACAGUCUGAGAUUCCCUUAGGUAGCCAGCAUCCUCCUCUCCAGAAGAUGUUUAGCUAUGGCAGUAAACUCUCACUGAGAGAGCUUUCUCUCUGAUACAUUCAACAGACUGAACCUCAUGGUCCUCAGGGAACAUUCCCUCCAAACCUUGAAAUGUUUCUGUGCUUUUUCUCACCUCCCAUCAUGAUCAAGAUCAUGACCAACUUCAUCUUAUUUCUACUCUCCCCAGGGUGACAUCGGACUGGCAUCUUCUGACAGCAGGUCAUCCGAGCUGUUUCAGACCUGCCUUAUGAUGGUAGUGUCUUUCAGGUGGAGGCAGAAGAAAGGAGCCAGUCAUUUGUCCUGGCUGUAACCAUUUGAGUUGGCCAGCCAAUUUUGAGACUACGAAAUUAGAGCAAAGGAAACACAUCUUACGGUUCAAUAUUGGGCUGAAAACCUUAGCUCUUUGCUUCGCUGAAAUAAAGCAUUUGUGUUGUGCUGACAUGCAUAAAGCAUAUUGUUUUUUGGAAAGCAACAAAUCACGGUACAGCUAUGUUGAAGGCUAAAAUUCAUUUAGGCAUCCUAACAAUGGGAAAUUGUCCACUUGUAAAGUGCCAGCUUUGCUCUGUGGGAGAAGAAGGAAGGAAAAGGGGCAAACUGUUCCCUUGAGGGGUGGGGGGAAGGUCUCUCUCAUCCCCUCUAGGGAGGAACAGAAAAACCUUCAGGAACAAGCACAUGCUGUGCAGUGUCCAAUACCCUCUCCAAGGCUCAUAUGACUCUUCUUCUUGCUACCAGUCUGAAUGAGUAGAGGUAAAUAUUUCUCAGCAGAGAUUUUAUAGAUACUUCCAUACCAUUGAUAUGAAUAUUCUUCAUGCUGGAUCAAGAGCUCACUGCCAGGUAUAUGCUCAGACAUGAGCUUGAACUCAUCCAGUCCCAUAAGAAAUUGAUAAGUCAGCCAGUUCUUCAGUUUUAGGGGAACUUUAUUGGUACUUUGUGGCGAUUGCUUUUCAGUGGGAAUAAUUCAUGCAACUUGGUUUUCAAUCAAUGCAGUUAUAACCAAGUUUGGAGUUCCUUCAAGGCAUGAGAGAGAACAAUUUUGCCAAGUCAUAGAUCCCAUCAUGCCACACUGAUGGUUCUGUAACAUCCCUCCCCUUUGCCCUCUCAGCUGAGUCUUGCUGGCUCAUCUCCUGCUGCAAG